AUGCCUGAAAUCGUGGACGACAAGUCACAGUACUGCAUCCCUUUCAUACUCGAUCGCCUGCGCGUUCAUACAGAGCGGCACCGCAGCAACCCCAGUAUUCCGCCGUUUUUCAUUGGUCUCAAUGGCGUGCAGGGUGCGGGCAAGACAGUUCUGGUAUCCGCUCUCCAUGACACCCUCCGCUCGGAACCAUAUUCGCUCGCGGUUGUGACGCUAUCGCUUGAUGAUAUCUACCUUGACCAUGCCGAUCAGAUAGCUCUGGCACAAGCGCAUCCUUCAAACCCACUACUGCAGCAUCGUGGUCAACCUUCGACUCACGACUUCGUAUUGGGUGAGGAGGUGUUUGCUUCGCUCGCCGCUGAACGUCCGACAGCCAUUCCACAGUAUGACAAGUCUGCAUUCGAGGGCCAAGGUGAUCGUGUCCCAAAGGCACAAUGGGAGGUCGUCAAUCAAGAGGGUCAGGAUAAAGUCAAGGUCGUGAUUUUCGAAGGGUGGUGUGUCGGGUUCCGUGCGUGGGAUGACGAAACCCUGCGUGCGAAAUGGGAGGCCGCUGUGCGUCAAAAAGAUAACGGCGAAUAUGAUGGACGACUAGGCUAUGUCAAGUUUGAGGAUGUUAAAGCUGUAAAUGACGCUUUGAAGCGGUAUGAUGUCUUGACCGACAAGCUUGAUGCUUUAAUCCAUAUCGAUGCCGAAACCCCUCGUUUCGUCUACGAAUGGCGCCAGGAACAAGAACGCACACUCCGUGCUGCCAAGGGCACCGGGAUGACCGAAGAACAGGUCAACAACUUUGUGGACGGCUAUUACCCAUCCUACGAGCUCUUUACUGAAACCCUCCGCGAAGGCGCUUUCAAGCCUGGACCACAUAACCCAUCCGCAUCGGGCUCUGACUGGCAGGGACGACAGCUCUGCCUUGUGGUCAAUCGUAACAGGAGAGUUCAAAGGGUCAUUAAAAUCUAA